CUGGAAGGCAAAGGAGCUGUGACGCCACUCAAGGCUCGAUCUGCUGGGGUCCGGGAAACAUCGUAAUAAGUUACAGGACGUGCAGGAAAUCCAGAAGUUUUGAUUUCAUAAAGUAAAAAUGCGGAGAACCCGGAGGCCAGCAGCGAAGCAGCACCAGCACUGUGAGAAUUGCUUCAGGCUGAACUGUAACAACCCUGUAGAAAUUUCGGUCUCCUGUUUGAUCAUCAAGUGCCAUCUUCUUUGUGGUGCCGCCUUCCACAUGUGCAAAGAAGAGGAGCAUCGGCUGCUGUGUCCUAAUGAGAAGGUGCCCUGCCUCAAUGCUGGCUAUGGCUGCCCUUUAACCAUGUGCCGCUCUCAGUUGGCCGAGCAUCUGAAAGUGUGUCCGGCAAGUGUGGUGAGCUGCUCCAUGGACUGGAACCGCUGGCCUGUUGACGACACCAACGGCACUUUCUGUAGCAAAAUAACCACUGAGGCCUUCUCUGAUGAACAGCUAGACCUCUGCAUGGCUUUGAGGGACCAGAAGCUAUUGUUCGAAAGAUUAAAAAUGAAGACAUUCUUUCCCGAAUUAAUGGACAACACCGAAGUCCCUACACCUUCAAACCCAGAGGAUGCUGUGGAAGCUGUUGAUGCCAUGGAUGAGGAAGACUCUGAUUGCAACCACACUGGAAACGAGAUGCAAGAGGUCAUACAAGAGGAGUGUAAGGCUUCAGCAAAAAGCAAGGAAGGGAUGAGCCUCCAAAACUAUAACCUGGCAGAGAAGAUGUUCAGUAUGGAAAAGGGAGGCUGCAAACAGGAAGCCAAAACUCAAGCUGAUGGCAAGAAAUCUGCUGAUAAACAGGCAAAAAAGCCACCGUGCAACCAGCCACAGGUUGAUGAAGAACCUAACGACAGCAAGUGCACGGAAAGUGCUGCAGCCGUCAACUUUAACCAAACGGGCUUUGCCCCCUGGCAGGAAGGAGUUCUUGAAAGACUUGGAAAAGAGGUCAACCCAAGAGAGUUCAACAUGUAUCUGGUGCAUCAUGGACGCAUGCUUAUUCGAUUUGGCCAGAUGGCUGCUUGCACCCCGAGAGAGAAGGACUUUGUUUACGGUAGCCUGGAACCCAUACCUGUUAAAACUCUGAGGUCAUUCAAAGUUCCCAGCAGUUACAGGGAGAAACGCAUCCAUCUGAAAGAUCCUUCCAUCAAAGUGAAAAGCGAAAACAAAAGCGUAGAUACAUCAGAUUUGGCAUUGCCAGAAGAAGAUGUUCCGAAAAUGGAUGAAGUCCAGCUAACCCUACUGUGCUCGACAGAAAAAGAGCUUAGAGGACACAAAAUAUGCGAAACCGUUGUGACAGAUGGUCUUUUCGUCGACAUGGGAACGCAGACGUACAACUUUCCUUCAGCGCCGUUUCCUUACAACACCACAUUGGCUGACAUUGUUACCGAACAGACUAAGCGGCUCUACCUCCACAAUGAAACCGAAGCCGUUACCAGCAGGCAUAAUAAAGCCAGCUCGGCGUUCACGUUUCUCUGCAACCGCUGUUUCAGAAGAGACGAGUUCUCCUCGCACUUCAGGAACGUGCACGCGGACAUCCAGUCGUGCUUGAACGGCUGGUUCGAACAGCGAUGCCCUUUGGCCUACCUCGGCUGCACUUACAGUCAGAAGAGAUUUCAGCCGUCCACACAGAGAGCAACAGUCACAUACAGUCAAGACCUCAGCACCUUCACCUUGAGACCGGUGGUCCACACCUUGCUCUUCGAGGGGGUGAAGACCAACCAGCCGGAAAGGAAGCGAGCACGCAACGUUGAUGCCCUCAGCAGACUUCCGUUUGAGGUCCUCGUGCACAUUGCUGGGUUCCUCGACAGCCUCAGUCUAUCUCAACUGGCUCUCGUUUCUCGGAUGAUGAGAGAAGUGUGUGCAGUUCUGCUGCAGGAGAAAGGAAUGGUUUGCUUGAAGUGGGAGAAAAAGACCUACUCACAUGGAGGAUCCCGCUGGAAGCCCAGGAAGAUUUGGCGGUUCAGCAGCCACUUCUCCACUGUGAGCAGAUGGUGCUUUGGCAAUGUUCCCUCCAUGUCUGAGCAUCUGAAGCACUGCACUUUUUACCACGCUGAGAAUAAGAGUGAACCCGUGGCCCUGGUCAACAUGUGCCACAAGAAAGAUGAGAAAAAGAAGCGACAUUGUCUCAUCACAACAUCCUUUGGACACAAAUAACACUAUUAGUAUGGAUUGAAAGACAUUUCUUCACUUCACACCUUUCUCCUCAUCUCCUGAGGAUGGAAGUCAUGUGAUUACCAAUUAUGGAGAUUGAGAACUUUUAUUUAAGGAUCUAGUUGUCCACUAAAGGUGUUAAAAACCCGAGGUGUAUCGUUGUAACUGCAGCAUAAGUGGAAAUGUCACAACCUUAUUGAGGGGCAUCAGAAAAUAAAGAGCUUUCAAAUGUUUACUGAAAAGCUUUUUGGGACAUAGGUUAAGAGGCUCACACUAUCAAAAAUGCAUAUCAUUCGAAAUGAGACAGCUCUGCUGCUUAGAAUGAAACAUUGUAUGCUCAUAAGAUCAUGAUUUUGCAUUUCCUUCUGACUUUGUCUAUAUUCACAGUCAGUUUUUAUAGAACAUGGGUUACGAGGCUCAAACUAUUAAAAAAAAGAAGAUAUUAUUGAAAAUAGAACAGCUCAGCCGCUUAGAAUGACGCACUGGAUGCUCAUAAGAUCAUGAUUUUGCUUCUCAUUUUGACUGUAUAAACAGUUCGUAUGUUCUACGAGAGAUUGAUUGAUUUGAAUAAUAGUUUGUUGAAACGUCUUGAAGUAGAGUAAAAGCUUGCCGCUGUUAAGUACUACAGAGUCGAUAUAAACUCUUGGCA